AUGUGCUAAACUGCACUGGGGCUGGUCGAGAGCUAAUCCUUCGGCACUAAGUUAAAGUUUUUUGUUGAAAUGAUUCAAAACGACUUUUUCUUUGCAUGGAAUGCAUAAAGUGACAAACUUGGCAGAACAGCUGUUCAACCGGACCAAAUUCACUUAAAGUUGGUCGCUUGGAAUACUGUACAGGAAGCGCGAGGUGAACAAAGAGAAGUGGUCGCAUGCUCCACAAUCGGCUGUUCCAGUGCAUGAGGGGCAAAGAGGGGGGAGAUAGCGCUGUGUGGCCGCCAGUCAGAACAAGACAUGUCGUCAGCCAUUGCCUACCGAACGCGCAGCAGCAGUAUGUGAAUCCGCUUGCGUCACAGGCCUAUAGACUAGCCUCCCCAUUUACAAGCUCAAAUAAGAGAAAGACGGCGGUGGUAUAGGAAGAGAACGAGGGAGGGAGAGAGAGAGAGAGGAAAAAAGUUAGCAUAGAGAGGCAAGACAGUACUGGCGACUGCUGCAGUCUCACUAAUGUUUGCUACAAAAGUCUUUUCCUCGCGUUUAUUUCUCCCCUCCCUCAUGCCAUCUAUGUUUUGAAGCUUAAAAAGUGUCUUCGCUAUGGAGAGACCUGAGCACAACAUGGAGCUUCUCUGCCUCGAAAAGGACACAGUCGUCAGAGCACAGCAGGACCCAAAUCUCUUCUUUGAUGACAGAGUAUUGCAAAGCCUGCUAACUAUUGAGGAGAGAUUCCUACCCCAUUGUCCAUACUUUAAACACGUUCAGCAGGAUAUUAAGCCGUUUAUGAGGCGGGUGGUCGCCACUUGGAUGCUGGAGGUUUGUGAAGAAGAGAGCUGCGAGGAAGAGGUUUUCCCCUUGGCAAUCAACUAUUUGGAUAGAUAUUUAGCAGUGGUCGAGACGAAAAAAGGCUGUUUGCAGCUUCUUGGAGCGGUCUGCCUCUUUCUUGCAUCGAAAUUAAAAGAGUCACGACCAUUAACUGCGGAGAAACUCUGCCUCUACACAGACAAUUCAGUCACAUCACAAGAGCUCCUGGACUGGGAGCUGGUAGUGCUGGGGAAGCUGAAGUGGAACAUGGCGGCUGUCACCCCCCACGACUUUAUCGAGCACAUCUUACACAAGCUGCCCCUGCCCCAGGACAAGCUGUCGCUCAUCCGCAAGCACGCACAAACCUUCAUCGCUCUCUGUGCGACAGACUUUAGUUUUGCCAUGCACCCGCCCUCCAUGAUCGCCACGGGCAGUGUGGGCGCAGCCGUCUGCGGGCUCCAGCUGCACCGCUCCGAGCGGACGCUGCACGGGGACGACCUGUCUGAGCUGCUGGCCAAGAUCACCAACACCGAGGUGGACCUUCUGAAGGCAUGUCAGGAGCAGAUCGAGCAGCUGCUGCGUAGCAGCCUUCGGGAGAGCCAGGAGAGACAGCAGCGGCUGCAGCAGGAGGCCCUCAACCGGGCAGCCAGCAAGGGCCUGGACCCCCAGAGCCAGAGCCAGUCCAGCACGCCCACAGACGUCCGGGACAUCAACCUCUGAGCCCUGCUACAGACCAGACCAGCCCUGACCCCACCCCUCAAUGGCCACAACCUGACCCGCCAAUAACCCGCCUCUACCAGUGUGCGAUUUGUCGGAAAGCCAGAAGGGGGGGAUGAGUUUCAGAUUUUAAGCAAAUCAAUGGAAUUACAUUGAACUGUGAUUAAAGUCAUGUAGAGUGACUCAUAAAGUGACGAUAUCAAAACCAGAAGAGGGGACAAUCCCCUCUACCCCCCACCCCCUACAAAUCGCACCCUGCCCUUUACAACCCUCCUCUCUCAGCUCCACUCGGCUCCAACUGCCUACCUAGUCUCUCCUCCCUCCCAUGCAGUAUGUCCUGCAGUUGGUGUUUGAAGUUGGAGUUGGUGGUUGUUGUUUUUUGUUUGUUUCUGUUUAUGUGUGUUCUCACAUAGAAAAAAAGAAAAUAGCUUUAAUUUAGGUUAUUUUAUUAUUUUAUUUUAUUUUGUUAAAGAACCCGCAUAUUAUUUUAAGCCUGUGACUCAACCUUUAAGCAAUGCAAGUGAACAGAUUUUUAGGGGGAUUAAAUACUCAAUUAUCACAUAGACAUUAUCUUAUCUAUCUUAUUUCUUUUGAAUGAAAUCUGAAGACUUGAUUGCACCUCAGGUGAACAGACAGGAAAGCUAAUCGAUGGCAUACUUGAAACUAACAUGGAAAACUGUAUGAGAAGAGUCAAGAUAUAAAAAUAAUGCAUACUGGCAAAAGAAAACGGGGGCAAAAAAGAGAAAACAUUGGUGGGGCUUCCAACGGUAAUAGAUUUUAUUUUUUAUUUCCACAAUGUUUUGUGAAAAAAAUGUAUUAAGAACAUUAUUAUUAAUUAAUAUUAAUUAUAAUAAUUGUGAUUAUAAUGAUGGUAUAGUUAUUAUCGUUAUCAGCUCUACCAUGUAUUCUGAAGUAAUGUGAUGCAUGCAUUCAGCUGUGCAAGUGGCUUGGCGGACAUACACAGGAUAGAUGGUCCACCCAGCUGUGAGGCCAACUCUUUAUUUAAGCUGUUCAACGCUAGACAGGAGAGGGCUGGGCCCUCUCAGAGAGAGAGAGACAGAAAAAGAGAGGGAUACAGAGCAAGUGUGAAAGAAGGAAGGAGAGAGGAGAGGAGUACUAAAAUUGAUGGUGCGACGAGCAGUGUGACAAAGUGAAUGAGCGUUCUUACACAGCAAUUACGUUACGAUUAGAAAAGAUCAACGCAAUCGGUUGGAAUAUGUAUACCCACGCGAUUGGUUGACCUAGAGUUAUGUUUUUGUUGUCUCUUUAUUUUGUUCCUUUCUCUGUAUAAUCCUAUUGUCCUACGGACAUUUGUUUGCUACAGUAUAUACGGAGGAUAUAUGCAAACUCGAUCCGCUCUGAUGAAUGCUUAGCACAGCCCUAUUUAGUAGUUUGUUCAGUGCUAUUUAAGUUAACUGAAGGCCUAUGCUAGGUUGGACGAGACGAGAGAAUGGGCAGGUGACUACAGAAGCUGGGGAGUUGCGGAGGAUGGAUUAUUAAGGAUUGUGGUUUGAGGCAGGGAUUAUAACAAACCCAGAUUACAGGCUCUGGAGGUCAGAGUGGAAUGCAGGGCUGGAAAGUGACCGAUGAUUGACACAGGGCUUGGCUAGCACGCAGGAGCACAGUCUUCAGUCGAAGGACUGAGAACGAUUAUAAAUAGUUUUAAUAAUUAAGAUGAGGACAAGGUAGAGACCGCAGCCAUCUCUACAUCUGAGUCCUUGUUAGUUGAUAUACAAAUGCUUGCAGUUUAUUUGUUUCUAUUCCGUUGUGUUUUGAGGCAACACAAUCAAAUUUUCAAUCAUAAAAGAAAGCAAUAAGCAAUAGCUGUGUGCUAGCUCAUACAUACGUAGCGGGGCUGCUGUUUUGUUUUAUUUCGUGUUGUUUUAUUUUGUUUAGUUUUUUUCACAUUUCUGUUUGUGGCAGUGAUUACGAGGGAACCAUAAUAAGUUUGCUGGAUCAUUUAUUCCCUUUGUUUUCUUCAUGGUUUUUUCAGUCAAUCCUUCAGUCACAGGCCAAAUGCGGAAAAUGUAUCAACACAAAUGCACUUUUAAACAAAGAAAAAAAAAACAGAAAAACAAUACAUUCCCCAAGGGGCCAAGGAAUAGUUUUGAGUUAAAAAGAAAAAGGUUUUCGGAGGGGUGUUUGUGUUUUUAUAUUGUCAUCAUUACUUUCUUUUCUUUUAAAUUAUUCUCUUUUUCUGGGCUGGUAUCCCACCUCGGCAUUCCCAGGCAGAGUAGAGUAAGGGUAGUAAACCACAUCAUAGCUUAUAUUCAAAAAUAAAAAAUUCUAGACCAGAAAUCAGUUAUAUAGAACAAGCUUUCUUUUUGCUGCGCAUGUGCGUACGUUAUGUCUGUUUUGUGCAUUGUUCAUUGUUUUAAGUGUUCAUUGACUUGAAUGUUAAUUUUUUGGUUGCCAGCUUGUCAGCAAAUUUUGACUCGACCAAUAGAUUAUAAGGCUGAAUUGCUGGACAUCUUCCCGCUCUCUUUGUUUUCCUUUUCUUGCCCUCUCCUCCUUUGUGGAAUUGAGGAUGUCGCCUACCAGAGUAGAAAAAAAGAAAAUCCCUUCCUUUGAAACUUUUGUGUUAAAAUGGAUGUUGCAUGCACUGUGUUACCAUGUCUGUGUGCGCUAUGUUAAACAAGGAAGGAAAAUCAUAAUACAGCUAGUUGCCAUUGCUUUUAAAGUGCAAAACGUAUGGGCGGACAUGUGCACUCACGUGUUUGUAUGUGUGCGUGUAUGCGCCUUCACACUGCUAGCGUUAUGUCUUCCAUAAAUGGGCAUGCUCAUGUUUUGUGUGUGUGUGUGUGUGUGUGUGUGUGUGUGUGUGUGUGUGUGUGUGUGUGUGUGUGUGUGUGUGUGUGUGUGUGUGUGUGUGUGUGUGUGUGUGUGUGUGUGAGCAGUACGGGUGUGUUUGUGUGUUGAUUUAAUUUGGGCAUGUCAUGAUCAUUUACAUGAGUUCCACCACAUAAUCAGCUCUAGUAGUGUCCAUGCUUUGUUUGCGAGAUACCAAAGGCUAUGUAUGAGUGACAUUUUGUCUCGCUCUUUCUUGCUAUCUUUUUUUCUCAUCUGUAAUGCUCCAUAUUGAUACUCUGUAUUUUUUGGUUUUAUUUUUAUUUUUGUAUUUAAUUUUCCUCCCUACGCUGCUAAAAAAAACUGAAAAAGCUAUUCUAUGUCCAAUAACACACACAUAAACUUACACAGGCACACAAACUCACACGCACCCGUACAUUAUACACCGGCAUUUAACGACGACAACAAAACACACACAGGUAGAACUAAACGCCCACAGACAUUACUCAAACACAUUUACAUUUCCUACCUGUAAUAUUUCACUUUUAUGUGUGCUGCUAUUUUAUACAUUUUAUGUGUAUAUAGUUAUUUUUUUUUAGUUUUGUUUUGUACCUUUAGCUUUUUAUGGUUGCUGUCAGUAGAAGCAGAGAAGAGGUCUAAGAAUUUGGAGCAGGACCUUGACUGGAGUGUUUUUAGACUGGAGUGCUUUUGCUCACGUGGCUUUAUUUUGGAAGGACGGAGGUGUGUGUGUGUGUGUGUGUGUGUGUGUGUGUGUGUGUGUGUGUGUGUGUGUGUGUGUGUGUGUGUGUGUGUGUGUGUGUGUGUGUGUGUGUGUGUGUGUGUGUGUGUGUGUGCGCGUCUUUUCUGCUCCGGAUGCCCCCCUGCAAAGUCUUUGCUCAUCUUCUCCUGUUUGUCAUCAUCCUCCUCUGUGUGUGUGUGUGUGUGUGUGUGUGUGUGUGUGUGUGUGUGUGUGUGUGUGUGUGUGUGUGUGUGUGUGUGUGUGUGUGUGUGUGUGUGUGUGUGUGUGUGUGUGUGUGUGUGUGACCUUGCAAGUGACACAAUUCACACCACCGCAGGUCAGUCACGUGGACAGACAAAAAAUAAAAUAAUGAAAUAAAAUUUUAACGAAAACGAAAUGUCAGACAGAAGCGUAGAAUGCUUUGGGCUAUCUCUCGUUGCCGCGCCAUACCUCACAAAACUCAGUCUAUUUGAAUCCUCAUAUUUUUUUAUUUUGCUGAAAGCAGGGACUGUUUUGGGAAAUGUUUUUUUCGUGGUUUCCCAAGGUAUUGUUUUGUAAGUUCGAGAGCAAAAAAAAAGCUGCAUCAUCACCCACAACGUGUCUGAUCAGGUCUGGCUUAUCACAAGGGGUGCAGGUCAAUUUUUGUCCCCCUGUCUUUUCCUCCAACCUAUGGCCUCUGACCUCAAUGUCACCCAGCCUGUGUGGACUGGAGACAACCGUUAAGUUUCCCUGCUGCCAUCAAGUGCAGAGCAGCUUUUGAGGGGUGUUCUCCCAUUCAAAAUACAAUUUGCAAAUGAGAGAACGAUCUUUGCGUUACUGUACGUAUUUGCAAGAUAUAAAGUAAAAACUUCGAUCACUGACCUUUGUCAGUAUGUUUUUGUCAGUAUGUUUUUGCAAGAUAUCGAAUAAAAAAAACUUUGACCAGAGUCCACCGGAAAAGAUGGGAAGACACAGAUUGACUUGCACACAAGACAGUCGUGGGUAGAGGAACUGGGCACUGUCUCCCCCUACUCCACACUCAUCCUGUACUGCCGACAGAGGCUCAUCUACUCUUGUAGAAGUAGUCCUGUCUUUUACUUAACCAGGUGCUAAACGUGUGAGUCUGGGGCAACGGAGUUUAAAAGUAAAAAAAAAAAUCAUAAUUAUUAUAUAUAUAUUAUAUUUUUUUAUUUUUUGGAUUUUCUUAUCCCUCUUCUUUAAUUGGUUUCAGAGAACAGUCGUGGGUUUCAUCCCUCAACUUGCCCCAACAUCACCACCCCACAUCCCAUUACCUAUACUUGCCCCCAACCCACCACCCCUCACCCCCACCCUUCCAGCCUCCAUAGAUACACCUCUCCACCCACCCGUGUCCCCAUCACCCACCACCACUGUAAACGUCAUGUACCUCAAUAGUGUAUGUUCUCUGUUCAAUAAAUUUUUCCAA